AUGUUCUUGGCUGUGUCCUUUGGAAGAAUUCUGCUGAUUGAAGAUCCGAGAAGAGUGUUUGCUGGAGGAAUCAUUUGUGGGAAGAGUUGUCCGACAAGGCUCCGCUCCAAUGUUGCUCAAUUUCUUGUAGGAUAUCAUGCUACAUGGUCCGGUAGAAACUGGUGGGGAGUAGAUGACUUGGUACCAUUGUCCCAUAAGUGGAUCCAACUCGAAUUCGACUGGAUCUGGUUUCUGAGUACAGAGAGGGGAAGAUGGUUUGAUAAUCAAGUCUUGGAUCAUCUCGAGGUUGCUGCUGAUGGCGGCAGAUUGAGCUGGAGUGAGAACGAUGGAUCCGUUGUCUUUUCUCUCAACCAUGGUUUCAUUCGACUGAAAAUGCUGUGUAAUGCUGAAAGUUUCCGGAGAAUCUAUUGUUUACCUCAAGAGAUCCACUGGAAAGAGCCUUGUAGAGCAUAUCUGUGA